UUUUGUCGACCGCGUUCGGCCGCAGAAAACGCACACGGGGAAAUUAGUCCAGUUGGGAAGGCGAGGAGGGGGGGAAGAAAGCCAAGUCGGAAGCGAUGAAUAGUCUCGCAUAGGCAAAAUAGUUUCUUUUAUCACGCUUUACCGCUUCCUUUUUCUCACCGCCUCGUUUUGCGCGCGAUAGACUCAAUACAAUUGUAUAUUGUAACGGAACGGUCACUUGCCCUCCGUCGAUCCUCUCCCCUCGUGCUAUCAACACGAAUUCCAUUUCCCUUUUUUUUUUUGUCUUGUUGUGCCCAUCUGCAAGUUGGAGGGGAGGGAGAUUAGCACCGCCUCCGCGUCCCCGUCGAAUAUUUAGGUUUCAUGCUUUCCUUCUUGUCCCCGUUCUUUUUUACGCCUUCCUAGAACAUCAAAGCCUUUUAGACACCGUCAUAGCCUUUUAACAUACUCAUACUAUGCGUGUCAACAUUUCCAGCGCUCGUGGGCGUUUAGUUCGGAAAGCCGCCGAAUGCCCACCAAGGGUCGAGGAACAGCCGCAGCUGCUGCUGGUACAGCCGCAGAGGCCAGAACAAGUCUGCUUGCCUGUGGAGCCGAUGGCUGAGUUUGAUUUGUUGGCGGCCGAGUUUGAUGCAUUAGAGAAUGGGCGCCAGUCGUUCCCUGUGGACCCGCACAACGGGACAAGUUCCUGGUGGGGAAGUAUUGGUUGUGAUGAGGUCGAUUGGUCGCUCGCUACUGCAGCUGGGUCAGCGGAGCAGCCGCUGCACAUGGAUGAUCCUUGUUCAAUAAUGGAUUUCGAUGCAAUACUCCAACCUGUUGCGUUUCCCGUUAUCGAUCCUACGCCGUUGCCCAUGGACGUUUUCCCCACCCCCGAGUCUCAGUUCGCAGAUACACCCCUUUUGUCACUUGGUCAUGAAAACUUUAUGACCGACGGGGACUACUUUGGCAACUACACCUCCUCCGUCUCAGAAGACAUUGACCUACUCUUGCAAGAUCUGGCCGCAGUCGGUGACCCACCCGCUAUGCCAAUGAGCAUCGCCAAUCCCCUUCUCCAAGCGCCACUAACACCUCCACAAACUACAUCUGACAAUCGUAUCCGCCCACGAACAAUGACACCGAAACGCUUCACAUGUCCGAUACCCGGAUGCACCAAAUCCUUUACCCGAAAAUACAAUAUGAAUUCUCACGUUCGAUGCCACUCUGGCGAGAAACCCUUUAUAUGCCCCCACUGCCCCGACGUCUCUUUUGCUCGUAAGCACGAUCUAAGAAGACACGUUAUUUGCUUGCACAAUGUCGAGCGCCCAUUUGGGUGUGAUCAUUGCACACUGAGAUUCAAUCGGAGUGAUGCACUGAAGCGUCAUUUGGAGGCGGUGAAGAGGAAGGAGGUUGACAGUAGAUUUGGAGAGUUGUGACGGAUACUGGAUGGUAAAAUUGUUAUACCCUUGGGGAUGAGAUUGGGGCGCUUGUACAGUUUUCUUUUUUUUUUUUUCACAUUCUGAUGGGAUUCUGGAUGGUACUGGUUACCUGCUGUAUUAUUUUUGUUUUCAUACUUGUUUUUGUAUAUUUCAUUGGGAGGGCCGGGACCCACGUAUGCAUUUAUUCGUUAGCUAUACCUUUAACAACAGCUGUCGCUUUUGACUCUUUGUUCCCAAACUG